GAGUCGUUCAAAUACUCCGGACCCAGAUAGAUCUAAUAGUCAAAUAAGACGAAAACCUAGAAAGAAAGCAAAUUCAUUAAAUCCUACUAAAAGGGAUAAAAAAUUGAGUAAAAACCAUGAUUUUUCGACUGUUACGGACCCACGUUUUGAACAUGUACGAAAAGACCCGCGAUUUAUACGGCCUAGGCAAAAAGACGUAAAAAUUACCCUUGAUCCUCGGUUUGCUCACAUUUUUGAUAGUGAAGAAUUUAUCGAAACACCCAAGGUUGAUAAAUAUGGACGAUUGACUUCAUCAGAUAAAGUAGCAAACGAAUUAAGAAACUUUUAUAUGUUGGAUGAAGCAGACAGUCUCCCACACGAAAAUAAAAAUCAUAAGCCAUCAAAGGAUAUUAUUGAUUCCUCUGAUGAUUCCGAAAAUAGCGAAUAUGAAUCAGGGGAAGGUGCCUCGCCAGUUUUAGAUCUCGCUAGAGGAGAGGGUAUACCAAUUGGGGAAGAGACGCAUAGAUUUGCAGUAGUCAAUCUUGAUUGGGAUAAUGUAAAAGCUUCAGAUCUAAUGAAAAUAUUUAAUGGUUUCAAAAAAAAUGGAUCUAUUAUACAUUCAGUUAAAAUAUAUCCUUCGGAAUUUGGCAAAGAGAGAUUAGUGAAGGAAACACUUGAAGGUCCACCAAAGGAAAUAUUUAUGCCAGCUGACAAUAAUUCUGAGGAUGAAGAAAUUAAUGAAAAGACAAUAAUCAAAUGUGAUACGGGUGAAGAGUUUGACCAGGAAGCCUUGAGAAAAUAUCAAUUGGAGCGAUUAAAAUAUUACUAUGCCGUUGUUGAUUGUGAUACAGUGGAAAACGCACGUUAUAUAUAUCAACAAUGCGAUGGUGCAGAAUUUGAAAGUACAGCAAAUGUUUUCGAUUUACGUUUUAUACCUGAUGAUAUGACAUUUGAAGAUGAGGCAAAAGACGAAUGUUUUCAAGCGCCUGAUACCUAUAAGCCUGUAAAUUUUGUUACGGGU